CGUUACAACAAGUAUAUUGUUCGAAUGAUCUGCAAGUUCUCAUUUUAAUGUCAAUUACUAAGAAGUAAGUUGAAUCUUACAAGAUUAUAACAAACAGAAGUUCCUGUCUUUGACUACGAUAUCACCCUCCCCCACUGGGUGACAAUAGCUCUUGGCACAUUUCGCGAUUAUUCUGCUGUUCGAACUUUCACUUCCUUGGUGAGUUUGUUGGCAAGUUGUCUUUCUGCUAACGAAAAUAACCAUCAGAUUUCUCUUGAGGAUCUCUGUGACCAGGAAUGGUCAAUGCAACGUCCAAAGAGGUAGUUCCAGUAGAAAAUAACGGCCCGGCCGACGAACCGAAAGUUUUGUGUAUCGUAAAAGACGAAACAACUACAGACUGGAAACACAGCAAACAUACAGUUAAUCUACCAGCUUCUACAUUAGUGAAAGAAUUAUACUCUUACGUUGCUAAAGAAGUCAAAUAUGUAGAAGACACUUUCCUGUUAGUGUGGAAUAAAAGUCUGGGAGAAGGCAACGAAGAGGUUGUGCUCAAUGGAGAAAAGAACAGAACAUUACAAGCUGUCGGGUUGGCGACUAACGGCAAAAAGAACAAUGUCUUAAUACGAGACAAAGAUAACUUGCAACCAAAGAAAGUAAAGGAUGUAACAGAUGACACAAUUACAGAGAGUGUGUCUAAUCUGUUCCAAAGCAGUGCCAACACGAGCUACUAUUCCCCUAGUGACAGCUACACCUUGGGGAAGUCUGAAACAGGAUUUGUUGGUCUUGUGAACCAGGCCAUGACAUGCUAUCUUAACAGCCUGUUACAGACACUUUUUAUGACCCCAGAAUUCAGAAAUGCUAUUUACAGGUGGGAGUUCACUGGAAGUGAAGACGAAGCAGCCAAGAGUAUUCCUUAUCAACUUCAGAAGUUGUUUCUUCACUUGCAGACAAGUUCCAAGCGAGCUGUAGAGACCACUGACGUCACCAAGAGUUUUGGAUGGGACAGCAGUGAAGCCUGGCAACAGCAUGAUGUACAAGAACUCUGUCGAGUGAUGUUUGAUGCUUUGGAAAGCAAGUUCAAAAAUACUGAUCAGGAUGAUCUCAUCAACAAACUGUAUCAAGGAAAACUCAAGGACUAUGUGAAAUGUGAACAGUGUGGUAGUGAAAGUGCACGAACAGACACUUUUUUAGACAUUCCACUGGCGAUCAGACCUUUUGGAUCAAAACAAGCCUUAGGCAGUGUGGAAACAUCUUUGGAAAAUUUUGUUGCUGCCGAACUCCUAGAAGGUGCAAAUCAGUAUUUUUGUGAGAAGUGCAAUGGAAAAUGUGAUGCACACAAGGGGUUGAAAUUCAUCUCCUUUCCUUAUCUCUUAACAUUACAACUGAAGCGGUUUGCAUUUGACUAUGCAACACUCCACAGAGUGAAACUAAAUGACAGGUUAGUGUUUGUUGUUAAAAACAAGUUUUAUCAGUUAUAAAUAAUGUCUUCAAUUUGUUUGUUGCUGGGUCCAUAUUGUUACGAGUUGUUCUCAAUAAUGAUUCACUCAGGCAGUGCAUCUGGCGGGCAUUAUUAUGCUUACAUCAAAUCCUUUACAAAUGGUCAGUGGUAUUGCUUUAAUGACCAAAGUGUGACCAGGGCAUAUGAUGAGGAUAUUGAGCGUACUUUUGGCGGACUUGAGUCUUCAAGAAGCUACUACUCGUCAGUAUACUCAAGCUCUACAAAUGCUUACAUGUUGAUGUACAGACAAGUCAAUUCAGAGAGAAAUGCAAAAUUCUUAGAUCAAUGUGACAUGCCCAGACACAUAGUGGAACUAAUGUACAAGCUGAGACAGCAAGAGGAGAUGGAAAGAAGAAGAAAAGAAAUGGACAGGUGCAUGUGCAAGAUUAAGAUUUUUUGUGAGCAUCCCCUCACCAAACGAUGGAUGGAACAAAAAUUAGAAAUUCACAAGGAUGAAACUUUGAAAGAGGCCAUAACCAUUGCUCAUAAGCUCUUCCACUUAGAGAUGGUGGUAACUCCAGAACAGUGCAGAAUUGUUAAGUAUGAUGAGUACUAUGACUACAUCGAGAGAUCAUUUGAUGGGGAAGAGAAUGAUCCGAUGGGAAGAGUACUCGGUCAUGUUAAACAGUCUUAUAUGUUCGACCUUCUUCUUGAAACAAGAAUGCCACAUGAAAGGUUUUUCCCUUACAAACCAGGAGGAACAACAGUAAAAGUUCAUUUGGUAGAUCUUGAAAAUGAGAGGGUUGCUCCAUAUGUAAAUGUGCGACCAUUACUCAGUUCAUCUGUAAGAGAUCUAAAAAAUCUAAUUCAUGAGAAAUUUAGCCUUCCUUUGGUUUCUAUGAGAGUUGUGUUUGACGGAGCAUAUGGUGAUCUUAAGCUGCUGGACAGCCCCAACAAAGUGCUAAAAGAACUUGGAUUCUUCAAAAACAACAGGGUUUUUGUGGAAGCUUCAAACAAGGAGGAAGAUUUGUUAUUUAAAGACUCAAGACUGUUUAAAGUCUUGGAUGUGUAUCAGCACACCAUUCAACUACUUGUCAUGUUACCAGAUCCAUCCAGAAAGCCCUCAGAGCAUACAAGUAGGUACAUCUGUGAGGCUGCAGUUGAUUCUGAAAAGAUUGAAAAACAAAGAGAAAAAAUUGUUUAUGUAGACAAGAGAAUCACCCUUGGUAAGCUGAAGGAAAUUCUCAAGAGUGAUGUAGGAUGUUCACCCGAAUUUUUUAGGGUUUACAGAGUGUAUGGAAACAACCAAGAAAUUGAGUACAGCAAAUUAUCUGACCCUUUAACAAGUUUCAAUGAUGACUCCAAGGUGAGAGUGAAGUACAGUCGUGCUCUCAAGAAAGGGGAACAUCAACUGAAAAUAUUCUUGCUGAAUCGCACUGAAAAGGAGCCAUUCAAGUACUUUUGUGACUGGAUUGUGACUGAUGGUAUGACAGUGAGGCAAUGCAAAGAGCUCCUGCAACCAGAAAUCUGUCAAAGAUGUGGUAUUGAUGUACCAGUGGAAAAUCUGAGAAUGCGAAGAAAAAACUGGAAAAAUCCUGGAACAGUCUAUGUUGACAGUCAGGUGUUUGAGGAGAACAUUCAAGUGUAUGCAAGCUUUGAAGUGUUUCUGGAAGUACUGGAAGGCCCCGAGAGAAUGACCUCAACAGAACAGCUAUCAGUCUAUGUACGGCAGUGGCACCCUUCAACUUUAACUCUUGACCUUCCAAAAGAGGUUGUUUUGCAGGAUAGCGUUGUUGAAGAGUUGAAAGAAGAAAUUAGUAAACUUAGUAGCAUUCCAGUUGGAAAUUUAGAGUUAUGCAAGGGCCGUGGACAGUUUCCCUGUGAAGUGCCAAUUCUGGAAAUUCAUGAUGAAUAUGAUUGGUCAAGUGACAUGACCUCCCUUGGAGCAAGUCCUUUGCUAAUUAAUGAUGAUGGAGCAGUGGUAUUUUAUAGAGAUAAAACAGAGGAACUCAUGGAAAUAACAGAAGAGAAGAAACAAGAAAUCUUGAAAAAGGAAAAUGCCAAAAGCAGCAGUUCAAGUGCAAGAGUGGGCAGGUUUUCAUACAAAGAAAGAGCACUGAAAAUAUACACGGAUGACAACAGACCAAACAACUGAAAAGAGCAAGAUACAGCGUACAAAUAAAAUAAUCAUGAAGCAUGGUUGAAACAGCUGUGAAAAUAUAUAAAAAUGUACACGGAUGACAACUGACCAAACACUGGAAUCAAACAACAGACUCAUGAUUAAAACAGCAGUCUCAGAAUUAAAACUUAAACCAACUUGAGAAUGCCCAGAACAUGUUGCAAUUUCCACCAAUUUCGUGGAAUGUAAUUUCAUAGAAGAUAGAAAAUCUGAUAAGACUACAUUGAAUUUCAAGAACAGUCAGCUGGAAAAGCGUCAGGAGGACAAGGUGAACUUGAAAACGAACUUGCUGCAGGUCUCAAUGAGUCCUUGAAAUGUUGUACUGCGAAGUCUCUAUCUACACAAAAAUGUUUCCUGGACCAUUGACUUCUUUAGAUCCAAUUUGUCUUUGCAUUUUUAUAAUUCAAUUUUGAUAUUCAUAAGCAUUAAGAGUGAGCCUCUUCCUUGUGAAAUCACUAUCUCGCAUUCACCUGGCACUGAUUGAAAUAGUUUUCCACGAGUAGUGUAAGAGGAAGACCAGAAAUGAAGAAUGAUGUCAGAAAUUUCAGAUGACUGCAUCACGUGUAACAGUACAGGUAGAAUGACUAUGAACAGUCAUGUUCUCCUUGUGCAGUGGAGAACUAGUGAGGCUCAGCAUAGCAUUUAUGAAAAACAGCAAAAAUUACCUCUGAUUUUGUGUUCUUUUCUUCAUAUCCCUAAACAAAUUCAUUACAGAUUGAAAUAUAGAAAAAUGUCUUCUACUAUUCACCACAAAAAUACAAAUGUUGUUACACUCCUGUGCCAACAGGCUGAAGACAGAUGGCAAAAGUUUCAUUUUUGCUGUUUUCUGUAAAUUUAAAAUUAAACUCCCUGAAUGGGAGCUGAAGUAAAGCAACAUCCUAUACCAAGCAAGAUCUAAUCAGGAAAACAGAGAAUCUGCUCACAAUCUACAUAAUGUACAGUGUCAUUAAUAACAAGAUCACCUUGUAUCGUGAGCUUGUUUUGCUGAAAUUAACAUUUCAGUAAUUAUUGACGACAGUGUGACUAUGGGCAAAAGACACGGCUGAACACCUUUCUCGAGGCAUAGUAUUCAGGUGUCUUGCAGCCUUUUGUCGUGGAAGUGGGCUGUUGAAUAACAUUUUCCUGAAUUAGUGAAUUUGAAUAGGAGACCCCCUAACUUCAGCUAUUGUCAGAGAGAAUUCUCAGUUAUAAAUUCAAGGAUGCUUUAAUAGAAGUGAAGUGUUGUGUAACUCAAUAUAACAGCUAGACUGGUUUGUUAGUGUAGAGUUAGUAGUUUUUGAAUCUCUUCCUAAGUCUGUGAAAGCAGUAUGUUUUAUUUUUACUGUCGUUUUAUUCCUUGCUGUUGUAGAAGUGCAGGCAAAUAAUGCUGCUGUAAAGGCCUUACUUAAAAAAAAUUCUUGAAGUUCUUGUUUUCAAAGAAGGCUUUUCUCCUUCAUGAAGAACGUUUUCAUCUGGUUUCCAAGCUGUGCUUGAGACCUUUCUCGUUUCAAGACAAUCAUUUGAAGUAUUUCUCUCAAAAUAAGGUUAGACAGGCUCAUUCAAUAACUUGAAGAUAUUUGUAUGACAUUUCUUGUUUGUUACUUAUAGUAAGUGGUGAUAGUUCACUGUAAGUUUUGUAUAUAAUAAUAUUGUGGUCUCUUACAGAUAGGAACUGCAUACUAUAGCUUUAGUGUUCAGGGUCAUGUCACCUUAAUUCAAUACUUCUGAGUCAUAAUUCAACCUUUUGUACCAUGCAAUAGAAACAAACAACCAAUCAGAAGCCAGGAGAGCUGUUGUAGAUUUGAUGGUAUUAUAUCCAACUGUGCCAUCAUGCUCUGUGCGUGUAUGGCACAUUGAUUGUGCUGGCCACUGUAUUUUCUAUGGCAUGGUAUAAAUUAGUUAUGCUCUCAUGGUAUACCAUGGAAUAUCGUAGUUGUCACUUGUAUUUUCUCGGUGUACUCACUCACCUAAAGGCUCAUAAAUACACUGAGAAAAUUCAAGUGUCUUGUGAGCUAUUCCAUGGUGCACCACUCAACGGUUGCAUAACAAGUAUGAAUAGUUCCUGUGUGGCUUUUUGCCCAAGCCUUAACUGCAAUUCAUUUUGGUGACCUCAUUGAGAUGGACAGCUGCAUCACAAUCCAAAAUGGAUUUACAGUGAUGAAAUAAAGAGUCCUAUAGUGUAUGUAUUAUGCAAACUUUAACUGACACUUUUGUACUUGAUAGUAAAAUGUGUCCAGCUUUUCAAAUACACUGUGCUAAUUAUUUCGAUAAUUAUGUCAAGCUGGAAAAACAAGACUGUAAAACCUCAAAAAAAUAAAUUUCUUUCUGUAAAUACCCUGCA